UGCAGCAUCUCCUAUUCCAGCCACCAAAAUGGAAGAAAAUGCCAACACCAGCUUUGAAGAAGAUUUUGAAGGACAGGCAACACACACAGGGCCCAAGGGUGUGAUCAAUGACUGGAGAAAGUUUAAACUAGAAAGCCAAGACAGAGAAUCUUUACCCACGAGCAAGAAAGAAAUUCUGAAACAAAUGUCUACACCACACAGAUCUUUCAGUAAAGAUGACAAAGACACCAGAGAGAGAUUCUCCCGUAAGAUGAGCGUGCAGGAGUACGAGCUGAUCCAGGACGAGCCAGAAGAUGAAAGCUGCCUACAGAAAUACCGCAAGCGCUGCAUGCAGGACAUGCACCAGAGGCUGAGCUUUGGGCCCAAGUACGGCUACGUGAGGGAGCUGCAGAACGGGGAGCAGUUCCUGGAGGCCAUCGAGAAGGAACGGAAAUCCACCACCGUCAUCGUCCACAUUUACGAAGAUGGUGUCAAGGGCUGCGAGUCUCUCAACAACAGCCUGACCUGCCUGGCUGCCGAGUACCCCACUGUCAAGUUCUGCAAGAUCAAGGCCUCUGACACGGGGGCUGGAGACCGCUUCUCCAGCGAAGUGCUUCCCACCCUCCUGGUCUACAAGGGUGGGGAGCUCCUCAGCAAUUUCAUCAGCAUUUCAGAACAGUUCAACGAGGAGUUUUUUGCUGUGGAUGUGGAGUCUUUCCUAAAUGAGUAUGGGCUGCUACCCGAAAGGGAGCUUCCAGCGCUGGGAAACGGUGACGCGGAUGAGCAAGAUGUUGAAUAAUUAGAGAGUCAUAGUCCUCACUGUCUCCCUUUCCCCCUCAGUACGUUGUAACUCAGGCUCAGUAACACCCAUCUCAUUUAGAGAAGGCUGCCUUUGCUAACUUGUUUGUAAGAGAGACACAAAUAAAAAUUGCUUAACUGUUAAUAUGUGAAUUUUACUUAAAACACAUACAACUGACAGUCCUGUACAUAAUUAUUCCUAUGCCGGCCACAACUAAUAGGAAGAGCAGGAAACAAUACUAGUGAUCUCUAAGAAAUCAAGGAAAAAUAGAAUUAUUUCCAAAAUUGAGGGCUCAUGUCUCUCCAUGAAGCACAAGAACCACAGGAAGGGGACUGAUCCACCUCUCUGCACCAACAAACAGCUGCCUCCGUGCUGCGAAAUUAUGGCAAGUCCUGGCU